GGAAUGUCAUAAUUAUUUUUUUGUCUGAUAUACACACAACCGCCCUCACACGUUUAAUAAAUUAAUGGAAGUCACUUGUUCUUUUUUAAGGGGGCACUUGCAAACUCACUAUAAGAAACUGCUGGUCAUAUGCACCGCCACUGCGACAGUUUACCUGGUAAAAAAAUACAUGGAGAACAAACGGAAGCCGAAAGGCAAAAAAGAGAAAAAGAAGAUCAGAGAGUUCCCAACCGUGGAUCAAAUUCAAAAAUUUAUAGAAAAUUUGCCCUUUGAGGCUGUGAGGACCGGUAAGGCUAUUACCCUUAAGGACUUACUGGGGGAGUUAUCUGAGUUUAGUGAGGACGAGGACUGGAAGGAGUUGAUUGCCAGUGUACACACAAUGUAUCAGGAUCCAGAACAAAACGAACAAGACAAAUGUGAGGAUACAGUAAGUAUUAUGAGCAUUUAUGAAGAUCCGAAUGCUCUCAAUAUGGGUGGGGAGGAGACUACGGACGUGGAAGUAGCACCGACAACGGAAGAACUAAAACUGGACCUCGUAAAUGGCAAUCAGGGAAAAGGUGAUGUGGAACUUAAGCGGGAAAAAGAGGAAGAACUUCUGGAAAAUUUGCUGCUGGGCAAACAGGGCGAGGGCGACAAAGAGUCCAAGGAGCUAAAGUAGACUUAUUUUAUAGAAAUACAAAAUAUAUUUUACGUUAAUAAUAAUAAUAAUGCUAUA